AUGGUAGUGAAGAGAAAGCAAGCAGAAAUAGAAGUUUAUGAGAGAGAGAAAGUAGUGAAAAGAAAGCUAGGAGAAAAGAAUGAUCCAUUAGUGAAGCUGAAGUUUUGGACUGGGGAUACAUCAGUUGGACUUGUGAAGAAGAAGCUGAUGAAAAGUGAUCUUAAUAAUCUAAGCAGGUUGAUAUUGCCAGGGGCAGAGGUGAGGAAGCAUGUGUUGCCCUUGCUUCAUCCCUGGGAAUUCUAUGAAGUGGAAGGGGGAGAUGGAGGAAGAGGACUGAUGGUGCAUGUGAAGGACUUGGACACGAAUACACAACAUUGGUUGAGUUUCAAAAUGUGGGAGAACAGCAAUUCUUACAAGCUUGGGCUGUGGUUGAUUCCGGAUUUCGUGAGGAGAAGAAAUCUUCAGUAG